AUGGGGAAAAACAAGCGACUAACUGCCGCAGGACCACCCGGAGCGACCCCGGCGCGGCAGACGCCGGGCCCGAUGGACGAAUUCCUGUCAGUGCCGCCCGACCUCCGGGGCUCCGGGGACCCGAGCAUGCAGACUCCCUCCUCCCCAGGCUCGAGUGUGAUGGGAUCGGCACAGGACUCGCCCGCAGUAGGCACCCUAUCACAGAUAUCGGCCGACCUGGCUGCGAUCUCCGCAAGCAUGCUGACUCGCAGAGACAAAACUGAAAUGGUGGCUGAGCUGCGCGCAAUCAUAAGGGAAGAAGUGGCAGCAGUCCGCAACGACCUCGCUGCAUUGGAACAGAGGGUGGAUACCCUGGAAGAAACGCAAUUGCAGGCCGCACAGCAUCAGCAGGCCGCGGACCUGGCCACCACGAGGCAGGGCAACAUUCUCCUGGACCUACGCCGGCAAAUUGAGGAGCUGGACAAUAGAGGCCGCCGGAACAACAUCAGAAUCCGGGGCCUGCCAGAGGCGGAGGGGGAAAACCUGCAGGAGAUCCUCACGGGCCUAUUUACGCACCUCCUGGGGGACCUGGCCCCACAAGAAUUCGGCAUAGAAAGGGCACAUCGAGCCCUGAGGGCCCCCAGGAGAGACGGUCAACCCAGAGACAUAGUCUGCUCCCUGGUGUCAUUCCAACUGAAGGAGGCCCUUAUGAGAUCCGCCAGGGCACGGCCACAUGUCACCUACAUGGAUGCCGAGAUCUCCCUCUUCCAGGACCUAUCCAUUAUCACGCUGGACGCCCGACGGGCCCUGAGGCCAGUAACGCGCCUCCUGCAAGAAAGGAGAAUAAUCUACAAAUGGGGGUUCCCUUUUAGCCUCCAGGCCAAAAUCGGGAACAUUUGGCAUGUUAUUCGUUGGCCCAACGACGUUCCCCGCUUCCUCCGGACGGCCGGCUUACCUGAAGUACCGGUCCCAAACUGGAUCCUAGAUAACCCUCCGGCCCGAUCAACUGGACCGUCAGACGCAGCGCACAACCUCCGCCCGCGCCCAGGGACUCCACGGCGACGAGGAGGCCCCGAGGGCCCCGAAGAAUAG